AUGAAUCUGCCUUUUAAUAAAUGGUCUUUAAACUUUUAGCACUAAGAAUAAGAAGAUCUCUACUAAUAAUAUAUUAAUUAAUAUAGACUCAAUAAUUUUAAAAUCUUUACUCUUUUAGUUUGUGUUUUAUGUUUACUAUUUUUGAUGGUAUUUCUGAUUGAAAAUCAAUCCCAGAUGAUAAUUAUUAUGAUAUCAGCCGUUGUUGGAUCACUCUUUCUUCUAUAUAUGCUAAGCCAUAGAUUAACUCCUUAUUUAAUCUAUAUCAAUUUCCUUCUCUUAUUAUGGCACAUAGCAACCAGUUUAGCAAUUUCAAAAAGUGGAAUGAAAAUGUAUAGAAAUUAAACUAUUAUAUAGCCCCCAAUAUAUGUAUGGUUUUAGCACAUCCACCUUGGCUUUACCAAUGUUAUAAUAUAGUCAUUUUAAAUUAAAAAUGUCAGCUAUUUUAUUUAUUCCGGCCGUGUAGAUGGGUGUACUUGGAAUUUAUUCAAUAGACAACUUAGAGUUUAUAUUCUUAGCUUUUUUUGCAUAAAUUUUAUUGGCUGUAUAGGCUCAUAAUAAUGAAUACAUGAGAAGACUAGCUUUCUCUUUGGAAUAGAUUAACAUUAAAUAAAAGUAUAAGUUUACCAUCUUAUAAUAGAGAAAUUAUCAAUCAAUAUAUAGAUAGCCCUUUUUUUGCGAUUAGCUUAAGUGAAAAUAGAUAAUUAUUUGAUCUAGAAUUUUCAAAUAAAGAAGCAUAAAGAGAAUAUCUUAUUAGCGAUUCUAGCUUUUUGAAAUAAUUUUUAAGAUUCAAAGUCUUAUUAGACAAUAAAUAAACAUCUGAAUUGGAUCAAUAAAAUCUAGGAUUAAAAGUUACAGAAGGAACUCUCAAGAAGCCAUUUAUUAAAAUGUAAUAAACUUUAGAAGAGUUUGCUUUUAAAAUAAUAAAAUGCAGGGAUAAUUUUUAAAUAACAGUUGAAGGAAUUCAUGUAAGUUAAAAUGAAUAAACCCUUUUGAGUAUUGAAAUAAAGAAAAUAUUUUUUGGAAAACCUAUUUUAUUGAUAUUUAUUAAGAAAAAAACAAUCUCUAAAAUAAUUGAAAAAUAUGAAUAAAAAAUUGUAUAUUACAAAACAAUUAUCCAUUAAAUAAUAAAGUAAAUUGCUGAAUCUCAUGAAUUAUUGUAUUAAAUUAUUAGAUGUGA